AUGGGCAACAGCGGGUCGGCGUCCAAGCCGCGAGGGGGCGCAGGCGCGGCAGAGUCCAUGUACCGGAGGGCAGUCGCGUUGUCCGAGCAGCGCAGGUUCCGCGACGCGCACACGCUCUUCGUGCGCGCGAUUGAGGCGGCGAAGAAGGAGGGCAACCAGACCCUGGAGGCAACCGCGGAGAUGUCGGCUGGAAUGGCCAUUGAGGCGGCCAACAAGGUCACGCGCAAUGGCGCCGUGGUGCCGACGGAGGAAUUCAAGCGGGACAUGGAGGUGGCCCUGCAGCACUACAAGCGGAGCCUCCAGAUACGGCAGGCCACGCUGGGGCCGAGCAGCGAGCUCGUCGCGGGCGCCCUGGUUGCGGUGAGCCGUGCGCAGAACUUCUUGGGCGAGACGGCAGCGGCGGCAGAGACGAUGCACCGCGCCGUCCAGGCGGUGGACGCGGUCCGCGGCGCGGGCCACGCGGACGCAGCGGACGUCCGGCUGCGAUACGCGGCGAUGCUCUCGGUCAACGGCCGCUGGCAGGAGGCGCUCGAGCAAUGUCAGACAGCUGUCGGCAUCUGCGAGGCGGCGUGCGGGGAGGCGCACCCCAAGGUGGCCGCGGCGCUCCAGGAGACGGCCAUCUGCCUGGCGAAGCUCGAGCGGCACCAGGAGUCCCUCGACGCCAACCUCCGGGCCCUCGCGAUGCGAGAGAAGGCACUGAGGGAGCGCAACGGCGAGUACGGCGUGCUAGCGUGGCAGUCGGCGAUGGCGGCCGCGGAGCAGCUGCAGCGGCUCGGGCGUGUCGCGGAGGCGCAGGCGAUGUUCGAGAAAGCGGCGGAGUUGUCUGCCGCGGCGGGACAGCCCCCUGAGCAUGCGGGCAAGCUGCGCGCGCGUGCCCGGGCGAUCGUGGCGUAG